AUCUGUUCCCUCAACCCUGCCCUAUUUUAUGUAAAUAUGGUAGCUGAUCUCCAAAAUUUUUGACUGUACCAUGUCUAUAAAGUUUAACCUUUUAAGAAUUUUCAUCCAAGCUGGGCGCGGUGGCUCACACCUGUAAUCCCAGCAUUUUGGGAGGCUGAGGCUGGCGGAUCACAACGUCAGGAGAUCGAGACCAUCCUGGCCAACAUGGUGAAACCCCGUCUCUACUAAAAAUACAAAAAUUAGCUGGGUGUGGUGGCACAUGCAUGUAAUCCCAGCUACUGGGGAGGCUGAGGCAGGAGAAUCACUUGACCCAGGGAGUUGGAGGUUGCAGUGAGCUGAGAUUGCGCCAUUGCACUCCAUCCUGGAAGACAGAGCAAGACUUCGUCUCAAAAAAAAAAAAAAAGAAUUUUCAUCCUGACCAAUCUGGGUGACCAAUCAAUUAAAUUGGUUUAGGAAGAGCUUGCCCCAGAUUGGUUGAUUUCAUAAUUUUUCUUUUUAUUAAUUAUUGGGUUUUUCUUUCUGAUCUCUGCAUUGAAAAUUAUUUCCUAAGCCAUAAAGACUUGUUGAGGUACCAUUCUAGAAUCCCCAAUAUUUAUUAUAGUUGUUAUAGUAACAGUGGAACCCAAGUUUCUCCUAAAGCAUUACCCAGCUUUCCUUGCCCAGGCAGAAAAGAUGGCAGAGGGAGGGUGAACCCAGGGCCCAUCUGUGGGUAUGCGCUCCAAUUUCCUAAAUUGUUUGUGGUUAUAACCAUGGCUUCCACCUUGUCUGGCACCGGGUCCACAUCUUUUCUGAGAUCUGCUAGAAGGUCAGAGCCCUAGAGAAUAAGAGAAGCUUGCUGCUGGUGAGGGGGUAUGGCCAGGAUUCCUGGAGUCGGAAGAGCUUCAGCUUCACCAUCUUGGGAGAAGAAGGAAGAAAGUGAAAGCGAUGUGGUCCUUAGUCCCAAGGACCCUGACAGAGGACACGCAGAGGAGCAGCUGGCUUGCCCGGAGUCCUCCGACCUUGACCCAAGCAUGCAGGGCCCACCCCGCAGCCUCCCCGCUGGGCUCAGCCUGGACGACUUCAUCCCUGGCCACCUCCAGUCCCACAUAGGGUCUUCCUCCCGGGGGACACGGGUGCCCGUGAUCCGGAAUGGUGGCUCCAACACCCUUAAUUUCCAGUUCCACGACCCCGCGCCCAGGACUGUGUGCAAUGGGGGCUACACACCAAGACGAGAUGCUUCCCAGCACCCGGACCCUGCGUGGUAUCAGACCUGGCCAGGCCCCGGGAGCAAGCCCUCUGCAAGCACAAAGGUCCCUGCCUCCCAGCACACCCAGAACUGGUCAGCCACGUGGACCAAGGACAGCAAGCGUCGGGACAAGCGCUGGGUCAAGUACGAGGGAAUCGGGCCCGUGGAUGAGAGCGGCAUGCCCAUUGCCCCCCGAUCUAGUGUUGACAGACCCAGAGACUGGUACCGGAGAAUGUUCCAGCAGAUUCACCGGAAAAUGCCAGACCUGCAGCUGGACUGGACCUUCGAGGAGCCACCCAGAGACCCCAGGCAUCUAGGAGCCCAGCAAAGACCUGCCCACAGGCCCGGCCCGGCAGCAUCUUCCAGUGGAAGAAGCUGGGACCACUCUGAAGAGUUACCUAGAAGUACCUUCAGCUACAGACCUGGAGCAUUCUCCACUGUGCUGCAGCCCCCAAAUCAGGUGCUCAGACGCCGGGAAAAAGUAGACAAUGUCUGGACGGAAGAGUCCUGGAACCAGUUUCUGCAGGAAUUAGAGACUGGGCAGAGGCCCAAGAAACCGCUGGUGGACGACCCUGGUGAGAAACCCUCCCAGCCCAUUGAGGUGCUGCUGGAGAGAGAGCUGGCCAAGCUGAGCGCCGAGCUGGACAAGGACCUGCGGGCAAUUGAGACCCGACUGCCGUCCCCCAAGAGCUCCCCGGCGCCCCGACGGGCCCCGGAGCAGCGGCCCCCGGCCGGCCCGGCCUCAGCCUGGAGCUCCAGCUCCCCACAUGCACCUUACCUGGGUUCCGCCCGGUCCCUGAGCCCCCACAGAAUGGCUGAUGGAGGAAGCCCCUUCCUAGGUCGGAGGGACUUUGUCUACCCUUCCUCAACCCGAGACCCUAGUGCCUCUAACGGAGGGGGCAGCCCAGCCAGGAGGGAAGAGAAGAAGAGGAAGGCCGCCAGGCUCAAGUUUGACUUCCAGGCGCAGUCCCCCAAGGAGCUGACUCUGCAGAAGGGUGACAUUGUCUACAUCCACAAGGAGGUGGACAAGAACUGGCUGGAGGGAGAGCACCACGGCCGCCUGGGCAUCUUCCCUGCUAAUUAUGUGGAGGUGCUGCCCGCAGAUGAGAUCCCUAAGCCCAUCAAGCCCCCGACCUACCAGGUGCUGGAGUAUGGAGAGGCUGUGGCCCAGUACACCUUCAAGGGGGACCUGGAAGUGGAGCUGUCCUUCCGCAAGAAUCUUGGCACCCCUGGUCCAGCUCUGUCCCACUCUCGAGGUCCCAGCCAUCCCCUGGACCUGGGGACCUCCUCUCCUAACACCUCUCAGAUACACUGGACCCCGUACCGGGCGAUGUACCAGUACAGGCCCCAGAACGAAGACGAGCUGGAGCUGCGUGAGGGGGACAGGGUGGACGUCAUGCAGCAGUGUGACGAUGGCUGGUUUGUGGGUGUCUCCCGGAGGACCCAGAAAUUCGGAACGUUCCCUGGAAAUUACGUUGCCCCGGUGUGAGUGGUCUCCAUGGCAACUUGGAGCCAGCCAGGAUGGGGUGGGGAGCGGUGGCACUCGUGGGAGGGAGAGGACCCCCGCCCACAUCCUCCUUCCCCAGGACCUGAGCUCCCAGCAUCUGCAGACGACCCCCGCAGCCUUUCCCUCGGACCCCCCUCGAAGCCCCCUGGACUGAUUCCCACCCACGACUCACAGGCAUUCCUCCCACAGCCCUUUCAUUUCCUCCCCACCCCACUCCCCAAAUACAGAGGUCUGCUUUGAAGUGGAGACCAUUUCCAGGCCUUAUUGAGACCAGACCCCAAGUCCCCCACCCCCAUCCUGCUCCAGCGUUUCCUCUAACAGGGACCAGCUCUCCGCUUUGCCCCCACGGGGUUCCUCUAACCAGAACCAGCUUCCUAGCCUCGUAGAGACCAAAGGCCGCCCCCGCCUGCUGGGGUUCCUCCCACCACCCCAGCUUGCUGGCUGCCCUCUUUGCCUUCUGGCCUCCAGCUGGGCUUGGGGGGGCGGAGCAAGGUGGGGGACAGACGCAGCACCUUCUUAGCGAUCUAGGCCUGGCAAGAGCUCUGGCCCCAAGGCCUCCUCUUCCCAGGGGCUGCCAAGUCCUGGCCCUGGCCCUGGCAUAUCACCCCACACUGUGGGGCCAGGCACCACUAGCCUGGCUCAAAUGUUCCCCAGGGAGACUGCUGUGUGCUGCCCGCCUGCCUGCUGGCUCUCCCCCAGCCCCACGUCCCCUCUGGAAGAGAAUGUAAAAUAAACCUGGACACAAGGGA